CAUUGGGUCUACUCCAUAAUCCCUCCAACUAGUGAUGUGGACGCUGCUGCAAACUCUUCUCCGUUCGCUGGACCUGUAUGCAAUUUAGUUUCUAAUCCCGGACAAGUAAACUCAACCCAGUACAGCCAGCUAGUCAGAAACUGUAACAAAAAAGGUGCUGGGCCAGAGGAAGGAGCACUCCUAUGCCAGAGCAUUAGGAUGGCCAGUGACAGCUCCACUAUUCCCAGCCCUGUGGUGCGCCAGAUUGACAAACAGUUCCUGAUCUGCAGCAUAUGUCUGGACCGCUACGAGAUCCCCAAGGUCCUGCCCUGCCUGCACACCUUCUGUGAGAGGUGCCUGCAGAACUACAUCCCCGUGCACAGCCUGACCCUGUCCUGCCCCGUGUGCCGGCAGACCUCCAUCCUCCCGGAGAAGGGGGUGUCGGCGCUGCAGGGCAACUUCUUCAUCACCAACCUGAUGGACGUGCUGCAGGGGCCCCGGGACGCCUGCAGCCCCGCGGCCCCCGCACCCCACCUCCGACCGGCCGUCGUGGGGGCCACGGGCCAGCUGCUGUCCUGCCCCAACCAUGGAGGAAAUAUGAUGGAGUUCUACUGCCCGUCGUGUGAGACGGCCAUGUGUGAGGAGUGCACCAGCGGGGGGCACGCCGAGCACCCCACCGUGCCCCUGAAGGACGUGGUGGAGCAGCACAAGGCCUCGCUGCAGGACCAGCUGGACUCCGUGAAGAAGAGCCUGCCAGAGAUCGACUCGGCCCUUCUGAUGCUGACUGAGAUCCUGCAGAAAUUGACCAAUCAGAAGAGCUCCAUCGAGGAUGACAUCCACAACACCUUUGACGACCUGCAAAAGACCCUCAACGUGCGCAAGAGUGUCCUCCUCAUGGAGCUGGAGGUGAACUUUGGUCUGAAGCACAAGGUUCUCCAGGCCCAGCUGGACACGCUGAUGCAGGGCCAAGAGGGCAUCCACAGCAGCUGCAGCUUCACCGAGCAGGCCCUGAGCCACGGCAGCAGGGAGGCCGAGGUGCUGCUGGUCCACAAGCAGAUGAGCGAGCGCCUGGCCGGGCUGGCCCACCGGGAGCUGCCCCUGCGGCCCGCCGAGAACCACCAGCUGGACUUCCAGGCCGAGACGGACGGCCUGCGCAAGUCCAUCCACAACCUGGGCAGCAUCGCCACCACCAGCGCCGUGGCCUCCCACACGGUGGCCACGGGCGACGGGCUGCGGCAGUGCGCCGUGGGCGUGGCCACCUCCAUCACCGUGACAACCAAGGACAAGGACGGCGAGCUCUGCAAGACGGGCAACGCCGUCCUGGCCGCCGAUCUCGCGGGCGUGGCGGCGACGGUGGGUGACGGGGUGGAGGUGGGCGAGAUCGUGGACAAUAAGAACGGCACGUACGAGUAUUCGUACCGGGCGUCCAAGGAGGGCAGCCUGACGCUGUCGCUGCGGCUGUACGACCAGCACAUCAAGGGGAGCCCCUUUAAGAUCAAGGCGGUGAAGGCCAUAGACAUCUCGCCCUCGUCGGAGGGGGCCAAGAGCAGGCUCAAGUCCCCCGGCAGCGGGCACGUCAAGCAGAAGGCCAUCAAGAGGCCGGCCAGCAUGUACAGCACGGGCAAGAGGAAAGAGAACCCCAUCGAGGACGACCUCAUCUACAGGAUCGGUACCAAAGGGAGGAACAAGGGGGAGUUCACUAAUCUACAGGGAGUCAGUGCCUCGUCGCAGGGGAAGGUGCUCAUCGCAGACAGCAACAACCAGUGUGUACAGAUCUUCUCUAACGACGGGCAGUUUAAGAGCCGCUUUGGCAUCCGGGGGCGGACCCCCGGCCAGAUGCAGAGGCCGACGGGCGUGGCCGUGCAUCCCAACGGAGACAUCAUCGUCGCUGACUACGACAACAAGUGGGUCAGCAUCUUCUCCAGCGAGGGGAAGUUUAAGACUAAGCUUGGCUCAGGGAAGCUGAUGGGUCCUAAGGGCGUGUCAGCAGACAGGAACGGACACAUCAUCGUGGUGGACAACAAGGCCUGCUGCGUAUUUAUCUUCCAGCCCACCGGAAAGCUGGUGACCAAGUUCGGCACCCGUGGCAACGGAGACAAACAAUUUGCAGGUCCCCACUUUGCUGCUGUCAACCACAACAAUGAAAUCAUUGUAACAGAUUUCCAUAACCACUCCGUGAAGGUGUUCAACUCGGAGGGAGAGUUCCUGCUGAAGUUCGGCUCUAACGGCGAGGGGAACGGCCAGUUCAACGCCCCCACCGGCGUGGCGGUGGACGUUAACGGGAACAUCAUCGUGGCCGACUGGGGAAACAGCCGUAUACAGGUGUUUGACGGCAGCGGCUCCUUCCUCUCCUACAUCAACACGUCUGCGGACCCCCUGUACGGCCCCCAGGGCCUGGCCCUCACCUCCGACGGACACGUGGUGGUGGCCGACUCUGGGAACCACUGCUUCAAGGUGUACCGCUACCUGCAGUAGCCCCCCGCCACGACCGUACUCCCCACCCCACCCACCACCUGACCUCCCCCCCCCCCCCGCCACGACCAUCCCCACCACCUCCACCAACCCCUCCCGCCACAACCGUCUGCUUCGAGGUCUACCUGCAGUAGCCCCCCGCCGAGACCGCCCCCGCCGCCCCCACCUCCACAGCAAGGAGUCCGUCCCCAACGCCCCGCCCCCACCGCUACCAACCCCACCUCCACCCACCAGGACCCUCCCCACCUCCCCCCAUCUCCUCCAUCAACUCAGAGGGGGGGAAAUCAACAGCAUCAACAGCGCAUUAUAAGAAAUACUUAAUAAUGUUGCAAAAUAAACACCAUACUUAUAAACACGCACAGACAAAACCACAUAUAUGCAAAGGAAUCCCCAAACACACACACACACACACACACACACACCCACCUUUGGAGCAAUGACUGGAUUUGCCCUCAUCCACCUGCGUUUCUUUGAACCACGCCGUCAUUGUGCGUCUGUCUGACAGUCUGCUAGGCCUUCAACACACACGCCACAUCUGACCAUUGAACCCUGACCCCUUCUGAAGGCAAAAAUGAAGUGAGGACUAUGAUUAUCACCAGAGUUUACCGUGCGAAUGUGCUAUUCAAGCCCACUCUUCCCUGUUUUCCUCUCUCUGAGAUGCUUACCACCCAUUGCAACAAUCCCGAUUAACAAAUUGUAAUUUAAAAUGUAUUUUUUUGUUCUUAUAUGAUUAACUGUGAUAAACCACUUAAUGUAAAUACUGGAAGUAAAACUGGACUCAUGUAAGAUUAUCUUUGAUGAUCACGUGCUGAAUGUGAUUGUAUUGGGUGGAAGGUGGUGAAUGUCAGAGUGAAAAUGAACGAUAAUAAUACAACAUGUGGUAAUCAUUUUCUCCCCAUUUUGUUGUCAAUGUUAUCUAGAAUAUAUUUAUAUAGUUCUGUCCUCUCACACACCUUGCCUGUUUAGUAUAACUAAAUUGUAUGAAAUUCAACACAAACAGGGUAUUUUUUCCAAGCAUGAGACAUUUCUCUGCAUGGUUUGUUCAACAAUAAUUAUCACAACACAAACCAAUGUGCAGAACAUAGCAAUCUGUUACGGAUUCCAGCAUCAUAAAUAAGCUAGAGCCUACUUAGAUAAUUACAUUUUGGUUGUUAUUCAGUGUGAAACAACACUUUUAAAUGCCGUGACCUGGUCUAACGUGCGUGUCUGUGAGUCGAUGCAUGUUUUCUGCAGUCUGUUAACACAACACACUAGUUCACAGCUAAACUCGAUGCUAACUGUCCACUCUUUCGUGCCAGUUUCGAUUCUGCUACUUUGUUGAGGUGUUAAUGAAUACAGGCCAGUGAUAAUUAUUCAUUAUAUACUAAAUUACCCGGGACUACUUGGAAUAAGAUUGUCUGUUUUAGUCAAACUGUUCACUAGGAAGACAUUACAAUUUGUAUAUUAAAAAGGAUAUAAACAAGAAAUGUCCAUUUCACAAGGGAGAGAUGUAGCUUAGUGUGUUUCUAACUACAUUUAGAACGUGUGUUAGUUUGUAUCAGUAAUCCAUUUUGUACAGAAUCCUAAGUUAUUUUUUUGUAUUAUUUGUGAUGCCAAAUGAAAAUAAAGUGCCCAUUGAAAGAU